AUGGGCGACAAAGAUUUAUAUUCAAAGGAAUCCAGGAGUUCCCAGGGUCAAAUUCGCGAAGUCACCAGCUCUUUAACUGAAGAAAGUGACCCUUUCUUGGCAAAUCAAUAUUCCGGUUCCGCUACUUUAUCAAAUCGUACUUCUUCUGUAGUAGAUACUGACAAUGAAGAUUCCUCAAUGUUGUCAAGUUCUAGUAAGGCCUUAAAAAAAGAUAAAUAUUCUUCCUCUACUACAACAAGAAAAUCAAAAAAUCCUAUAUCAACAAAUGAUAUUACAACAAACGAAUCUUAUUCGGGUCUAUCGCCUGAAACUCAGAAUAUUAUAAACUCUAUAAAAUUUACUGAAAAAAAAAAAACAAAUGUUUCACGUGCCAUGGUAGAAGAAAUUUUAAGAGAUGCAAAACUUAAAGCUACUGCUCGUGCUAUUGAAAACAAUCUUUCAUCUGGUUCAACGAAAAAGUUGGAUACUUCUCGUUUAGCAAGUUCUAAAUCAAUGUCUUCUGUUGGAAAUACUUUAGAAAAUAAAUAUAAUUUUAAUCCAUUAUCCACAUCCGAUCAAGAUGAAAAAAAAUCAAAACUCGAUCAAAAACAAGAUUCUUUCACUAAUGAUGAAGUAGCUGAAAAUCCUAAAGUACAAUCAACAAAUCGUACUUAUUCCCGUUUGCUCCCAUCUCGUUUGGCAAGUUUAAUGGGAAUUAAUACCGGUAGUUCUACUACUGUUGACUCUUCAAAAACUGAAUCAAAACUUGAAUCUACUACUUCAACAACUGAUGAUUUAUCGACUAUACGAACUGGAAAUAGUACUAAUCAUGUGACUGAUGUAGAUACUUCUCGAAAUGUUAGUCAAAUUAAAGAGGAUAAUAAAUUUAAUCAAAUUACAAACGAAAGCAAUGUAUCUAAACCUACUUCAUCUAAUAAUUCUGAACAUUCAAAACAAACUCCUGAUAUAAGGGUUGAUACAAAUGUAGGCAGAACUUCUCGUAAAGAACAAAAAUAUGUGGUAAGAACUACUGCUUCCCCUCGAUUUACAAAGAAACGUGGUGUAGUUAUUCGUCGUUCAAGUGCCAAGAUUAUACCAAAACAUGGUUCUGAGGAUGAUUAUCAACGUACAUCAAAAAAACCGGUCAAAACUGUUGAGAUAUCUAGCGAAUUAGAUGAAAUAGAUGCUCGAUUUCAAGAAACUCUUACUGAAUUUUCUAAAAGAUACCAAGAUUCAACUGUUGCUCUCGCUGAAAAAUCUUACCUUUUAAAGAGGAAUCAAGAAUUAUGGCAUACUUUAGCUGCUAAAGAAGAGGAAAUUGAAUAUCUUAAAAAUGAAUUAUGGCAAGCUGGAAAUAAAAUUCAAGAUUAUGAAUCUGAUCUUAAAGAUAUUAUUGAACAACAACAAGAACCUCUUACACUUACUCAAGAAGAUUUAAUACGUAUUGAAAGGGAAAUUGAUGAUCAAGAAGUUUUAAUUAAUGAUUAUCAAAGAGAAAAUGAUAAAUUAGUUGGUGAAAUAAAGAAUUUGAAUGAAAGAUUGCGCGUUACUGAAGAAGAGAGAGAAAAUCAUUAUAAUAAAAUUAAUGAGUUAUAUAAAGAAAUUGAACUAUUAAAGGAAUCUCUUUAUGAACAAGAAACUAAAGAAAUAGUUCCGGAUG